GGCACCUUGUUCCUCUCUUGGUUUGAGGAGUCAUUGUCGUCUGGCCGAGAGCAACUGACUUUUCUGAUCUUCUCGUCGCUGCUCUUGAACUUCUGAAAAAUAAAGAACUCAGAAUCUGACAAAAAGAAACAACAGUAUUCUCAGCAUCUGCGCUUCACUAGAUCAUCUGAGGGAUUUGACUGAAUCAAGAUGCGGCUGAUCAUUGCAGCUCUUCUCAUUUUAGCUGCUCUAGGACAGGAUCACAGAGCUGCUGCAGAACAGAUAUUUCCACUGGAUAUGGCUCCGGAUUCUGUCGAUGACUAUUAUUACGGCUGUAGAGAGAAAAUGGCAAAACUGGUGAAGACGAAAUAUCUGAAGAAGGAAAUCAACCACUCUGCUAAAUUUAAACAUUAUUGGCAAAAUAGUGAAAAUAUGGUCAAGUUUCCAAAAGAUCACUUAACAAGAAAUCAAUUAAUCGCCAUUCACGUGUACACUGGUAAAUAUAUCUAUCGUCGAUUUAAUGAAGAAACUCGUUACGGUAAAAACCAGUACAAACACAAGACAUUCAAAUGGUAUUCACUUCACUUUCUGUUAACAGAAGCGAUACAGAGUCUGAAGAAAAUGCAGAAUAAAUGCUUUUUCACUUAUCGUGGUACCACAGCUAAUUUUGACAAGUAUGUUCUGAACAAAGAGAUUCGAUUCGGCUCAUUUACAUCCUCCUCUCUUGAUCGUAAAGUAACUCAAGGUUUUGGUUCUAAAUCUUGUUUUGAAAUCUACACUUGUGAAAGUGCUGAGCUGACAAAAUACUCACAGUAUCCUUACAUAAAAGAGGUGCUGAUUCCUCCAUAUGAGAAGUUUAAAGUCACUGCUGUCAGGACAAGAAAAUAUCAGCCAAAUCUCUGGUGUGACACGGUGUUUACUUUGAAAAGCUCUGGAAAAGUAAGCUACCAGAACUGUGCUCUAUUCAAGUAAGCAUAAAAACAUACUAUGUUUUGCAUUGAAAACUGAUGAAUUUACAUGAUUUAAUCAUGUACAUCAGUUACACACAAAUUAACAUAAAAAUGUUGUUUCCUCUUGAUUUCAAUUCUAAAACACAUGUUGUUUGCAUAAUUUCGAAAUAAAUUUAUUUUAAGUGA